AAGUUUAUCAGCGAGCGACUAACUGUUGCUGCUGAAGAAAUAUUUACGGAGUUUGAGAAAACCAUCGUCCAGUACGAGGAGGUGAUCGAUCGUCAGCGCAAACUGCUGGACAUCAGCUGGAAACCUCAGAUAAACCUACACACAACAGAACCCCCACAGCAUUGUGUCUGGAAGGAGGAGGUUCUCACUGAUCAGCAUCUCUAUAAUCAGGAGAGGAACUCCAGUUUGGACCAGGAGGAACCAGAACCUCCACAGAUUAAAGAGAAACAGGAGGAAAUCUGUACCGGUCAGGAUGAAGAACAGCUUUCACUGAGGCAGGAGCAUGAUACGUUUAUGGUGACACCUGCUUAUGAGGAAAUUAACUACAAGAAACCAGAACCUGCACAGGAGGAACCAGAACCUGCACAGGAGGAACCAGAGCCUGCACAGGAGGAACCAGAGCCUCCACAACAGGAGCAGCUCUGUAUUUUGCUCUAUCUCCCACAGCAUCCCACCUGGAAGGAGGAAGAGGCUCUCACUGACCAAUGGCUCUGUAGCCAGGAGAGGAACUCCAUUUUGGACCAAGAGGAACCAGAACUUCCACAGAUAAAAGAGGAACAAGAUGAUCUUGAAAUUCCACAGAUUAAAGAAGAACAGAAGGAUCCAGAUCCUCCACAGGAAAACCCAAAAGCACUAGAGAUGAAAGAGGAGCACGAGACUGAAUCCUUUAUGGUAACUCCUUUUUAUAAGGAAAGAAACCACAGGGAACUGGAACCAAACAUAGACCAAUGGUUCUCUCUAAACUCGCCUGAAGCUGAGAACCAAGUUCAGGAAGGAAGCAGAAAAACAGACUCAGGAUUCAACAGAGAUAAAGAGCUGAAACAAAAUAAGAGAAGUUCACAAACCAGA